GUGAUCACUUACUUAGGAAUACUAGCAUCCUUAGUGAAUAAAGCUCAACCGGGAAAGGAAAAUAUGGCGCAAACAGACACAGGAACAGACAAUGCUGUGUUUAUUAUGGACAAUUUGUUUGCUGAUAGUACCAAGAACGGUGGGGCAGGGGACGCUGCGAUAACAGCAAAGAAUGGUGUAGGGUCACUUUCACAUCAACAAGGGACGCCGACACAUCAGGACCCUGCGUUUGACGAUCAACAUCAUGAGAAGCAUGGGGUUGGUCACCACAAAUAUAAUUACACGAAUGAUGCGCACCAUAGUAUGGUAGAUUCCAUGGAGACAGUGACGUUAUCCUGGAAGAACGUUAACGUUCACGUCAACCCCGUAAACCGCGCGUGCUGCCGGGGUCCCGACCCUAGCGUAACCCCUAAACACGUUCUUCGUGACGUGUACGGCAUAAUGAAGCCAGGAACUCACGUGGCCAUUAUCGGUGCCAGUGGUUCAGGAAAAACAACACUCCUGAAUACCAUCACACAACGUAUAAACAGUCAGUCCUUGACGGCUUCCGGUGUUAUAAGAGUUAACGGCGUCGACGUCGGUUCCGGCAUUCGGAACAUCUCGGCUUACGUUCAACAGGAUGAUCUAUUUAUAGCCACAAUGACAGUUAAAGAACACUUGACCUUCAGGGGGCUAUUGCGGAUGGAGAAUGAGGUCUCGCGGUCGCGACGUCUGGAACGUGUGCAGGAAGUGAUCAAGGAGCUUGGAUUGACCAAGUGUCAGGACAACAUGAUUGGCGACCCCGGCCGCCUUAAGGGGAUUUCCGGUGGGGAGAUGCGACGCCUGUCAUUUGCCUCCGAGUUUCUGACUAACCCACCUCUUCUGUUUUGUGACGAGCCGACUUCCGGUUUGGAUUCGUUCAUGGCGGAAAAAAUUGUGCAGACCCUUAAAGGCAUGGCGGACAAAGGAAAGACCAUCGUCUGCACAAUUCAUCAACCUUCAUCCGAGGUGUUUGCGCUGUUUGACCACUUGCUGAUAAUGGCUGAAGGCCGGGUGGCGUUUAUGGGAGAAAUGAAACAUGCAUUAGAGGUCUUCAAACGGUCCGGAUUCCCGUGUCCAGUAAACUUCAACCCCGCAGAUUUCUACAUCCACACGAUGGCUGUAAUUCCAGGCAAGGAAACAGCAUGUAAAGCGCAAAUCGAGUCCAUAUGCGACAAGUUCCAGUCCUCAGAUGAAAGCAAUACUAUGCUUACUGAUAUCAAGCGUAUAGGUGAAAACCCCAAGGAAACUGGCAUCAUCUUUGACGAAGCGUUUUCCAACACCUCGCGAUAUGAAGCCAGUUUUCUCACCCAGUUUCGCGCAGUGUUUGCGCGCUCCUGGAAGACCAUGAUCAGAGAACCUAUGGUGGUCAGAGUCAGAGUCGCUCAAACGCUUAUGUUGGGGUUGAUAUUGGGCGUGAUCUAUCUACAGUUGGACAUCAAUCAAGAAGGCGUUAUGAACAUCAACGGUGUCCUUUUCCUGAUGCUUACCAACAUGACUUUCUCCAACGUUUUCGGCGUUCUCAAAUCGUUUCCACUUGAGAUGCCGAUUUUCCUGCGAGAAUAUGGUAUCGGACUCUACCGUGUGGACAUCUACUUCCUCUGCAAAACUUUCUCGGAGUUGCCGUCGUUCAUCUUUAUACCGAUGAUAUUUUGUGCUAUAACGUACUGGAUGGUUGGUCUUUAUUCGUCCUUCGAGGCGUUCUGUGUGUUUACGGGUGUUCUCCUCUUGGUCGCCAACAUUGCUGUGUCUUUCGGCUACAUUGUGUCAGCGGCGGCCAAUUCUGUAACCACGGCUCUGGCUAUUUCCCCGCCUCUCAUGAUUCCGCUAAUGAUGUUCGGAGGAUUCUUCUUAAACUCCGAUUCCAUCCCGGUAUAUUUCAUCUGGUUAGAGUACCUGUCCUGGUUUAAAUACGCCAACGAAGUUCUUGCCGUUAUCAGUGGCAAAACAUCGACAGUAUUGAAUGUUCUAGCAACGGCAACAACACAAAAUGCCUGUACAAGGACGGCGACUCGGUUCUGAGCUAUCUCAACUAUGACCAGGACAACGUCUUGCUGGACGUCAGCCUUCUUUGUGCAAUGCUGGUGGCUUACAGAAUCAUCGCUUUCAUCAUUUUGUUUGCCAAAGCCCGCAGUUCCAAGGGUUAGCUCAUCUUUACCCUUUGGGGUGAGCCGUUGAGCUUAUUUACCUCGGUUUGACCAAUUUUCCAAGCAACAAGUUCUGUAACAACAGCUACAACUGGUCUACCGAACCUCCAAUCACUGACUGUGUGCGUUCCCUUAGGAACUCCAAGGAUGUUUUUGAUUGGACAAGACAAAGACUAGAGAGCACGUGUAAACAGAGACGAACUGUUAUUGGUCGAUAUACUUUGACCGGAAAAAAAUCAGACAUUUUCAUGAAAUACAUUUAAAACAUUAAGUUGUAUUUUUAUGGCAAUUAAUAUCGUGUUUAGUUUAAACAUAUUUUAUUCAUCAUCGUAUACACACAUAUAAUAAAGACAUGUACAAUCUAGAAAAGGAUUAGAACGAAAGAUAAAUACAUCCUAAAAUGUUCUUCUCCAAACCUUAGCAAAAGUACAUAUUUAAUGACGGACAUUUCUACAGCUUUCAAUGAAGAUGACAUAAUGAUAUUGAUAUUGUUAAAUUGAAAUCAUGGCAGUGUUAAACCUGAUUUGGCUUUAUUUAAUAUUAUUAAAUAUUUGAAG